UUGCCCAAAGACACUCAAGAAGUGCCAGGGCUACAAUUCCGACCUGGGUCUCCUUUAACGUGUGGCAUCUUGCGCUUUCCAAAGACCCCACAAACUGUGAGCUUCUAAGGAAAAAGCGGCUGUGUAUGACCUCAGGCAGACACGGGUGUCCUGUGGAGUACGGUGACAAAGAACUCUCCACCAAGCUUUGAGAACACUGAGCCUUCACGCACGCGCUAUCUACAUCCUUGGGUCUCCAGGAACUCGACAGGCCCCACGCUAGAGGACGCGCUGGCUGUUUAUGGCACAGCGAGGCCACCGUACAGCCUCGGCUCACAGUGAGGGGACUGGUGGCACCCCACAACCUGGUGACAGGAGUGAUAGAGUCGCUAUCGGGCCGGAGGCAGCACAGGGCAGCCCCAGCGGCCGCCACCCUCGGAACAAGGCUGGGUCCUGACCACGUGAUCCGACGACGCUGCUUCUCCCCACCCCUGCCUGGGUCGGGUCUGGUCUGCGCCUGCGCGGGCGCGGGCUCGCUCGCUCGCCGGCCGUCCUGCGGGCGGGGGCCCGCGGCCGUGGGAAAUGCAGCUGUCAGUAUUGACUCCAGAAGAGAGAAGGUUAACAAUGGAGGACGUUGGGAAGGUUACCAGAAAGAUGUCGUCAUCAGUGCCAGGCUCGGUCGAUGUCACAGGUUAAAACGUUUCCCCAGAGAAGAAAGACCGUAACCACCAUGAUGGACUCAGAAGCGCAUGAUAAGAGGCCCCCAAUGUUGACCUCUUCAAACCAGGAUCUGUCUCCUCACAUUGCAGACGUGGGUGAGAUAAAGCAUUACUUCUGUGGCUGCUGCGCAGCGUUCAACAAUGUGGCCAUCACGUACCCCGUUCAGAAGAUCCUCUUUCGGCAGCAGCUGUACGGCCUCAAAACCCGGGAUGCAAUACUCCAGCUGAGGAGGGAUGGAUUUCGAAACUUGUAUCGUGGGAUUCUCCCCCCGCUGAUGCAGAAGACAACCACGCUGGCGCUUAUGUUUGGUCUGUACGAGGACCUGUCACGCCUGCUCCGCAAGCACGUGAGCGGUGCUCCCGAGUUUGCCACCAGAAGUGUGGCGGCGCUGCUUGCCGGGACAACAGAAGCCAUUCUCACUCCAUUCGAAAGGGUUCAGACUUUGCUUCAGGACCACAAGCAUCACGAUAAGUUCACAAACACUUACCAGGCCUUCCGGGCCCUGAGAUGCCACGGAAUUGCAGAGUAUUACCGAGGCUUUGUGCCUAUCCUUUUCCGAAAUGGAUUCAGCAAUAUCCUUUUUUUUGGCCUUCGAGGGCCCAUUAAAGAGCAUCUGCCUACUGCCACCACGAAUAGUGAACAUUUGGUCAACGACUUUAUCUGUGGAGGUGUGCUGGGUGCCAUGCUGGGCUUCCUGAGCUUCCCAAUUAAUGUUGUGAAGGCUCGGAUCCAGUCUCAGAUUGGCGGGCCGUUCCAGUCUUUCCCCAUGGUUUUCAAGACAAUCUGGCUCGAGCGGGACAGGAAGCUGAUCAAUCUCUUCAGAGGCGCCCAUCUCAAUUACCAUCGCUCUCUCAUCUCCUGGGGAAUAAUCAAUGCCACCUAUGAGUUUUUGUUAAAGAUUGUAUGAUAUGGUCACUACAGGAAAUGUUAUUCUCCACCAACUAGACCUAAAGAGAGUGCAAUUUGUCUUUGUUCCUAAUUGGCUUAAAUACCGGUUGGCGUAAGUCCAGGCCAUAAUAAGUUACGAACAAAGCAUUGACAGAAACAUAAAAGAUUUCAGUGGGCAGGUGUCAGGGUUUUGGUUUGGUCAUUACUCAAGAGCUUUAGGCUGUUACCUGGUAACUAGCCGUGUGUCUGAUGACCUUUUCAGGGCAGCUGUCAGCCAGAUAGAUUCCUUUUCCUCCCGAAGCAAGCCUUGCUAGGCCUUCGGCGUGGAAACAGUGGCAUCAGCAGCCAGCGCGUGCGCUCCGUCCUAGGACUUCUCAGGCCCACCUCUCACCUUCAUUGCUUCUCCGCCCUCGGGGGUGAUCUUCACUAAACUCCAGCAUUGCACGGUGGGCGAGCAUCUUAGCUGUGUAGUUCCAUGAUGAAUUGUUGGAUUUGAGACUAAGUGCUGUUGAGAUGGCCAUUAGCCACACUUUUUAUUUAGAUUUGGUAGGAUUGUGCAGCCAAUGAAAGCUUCCAUUUCACUGUUUAGCUUUGAACAUUUUCUGUUUAAUUCAGAAUGUGACUUUUAAGCCCUUCUAGAAUGUUCUUGUGCUUUUUUACUGAAUUCAUUGCCAAAAUAUAGGGUGACCAGUGGGGACAUUGUCCCUUGUGAGUAGUACCUGUCAUGUUCGUCUAUCCUGUUCUCUGGUACUAGACUUUAAAAUAAACACUUCCAUAAAGUUUUAUUUUGGGAGUCUGUUAAUACAAUUCCAGGUCUUUUCCUUGGUUUCUCAGCACUGCAGAGUGAGGCGAGAGCAGAGGGCGGUUUUGCCCAGUGCUCGCUCUCCUUCUUUCUCUGGAAAGAGUUCCUCAGCGGCCUGGCGUUGUAGGAGCCGGCUUACGUGUGCCCCUAGAGUGUGAGAGGUGAGGUCUGACAACAGCACUAGCACCUGGAGCGCAGGCAGGCCGAGCAAUCGCAGUUGUAUUUGGGUAAAGGAUGUGACAAGACUCAGGGUCCAGCUGAGUCACCGUUCUGGAGAAGUCACUUACAGAUCUUAAAGAGUUACAUUUCUUUCCCAGGAUCUGUCCUGAAAGCCAGCGUGUCUCCUUCCAUGGUGCUGGGAUUGAACCUAGGACCUUGCACAUCCUAGGCAAGUGCUUACCCACUGAGCUACACUCCGCCUCCCUUUUUUUUUAGUUUUUGUUUUUGAGACAGGGUCUCAACAUGUAGUCCAGGCUGGUCUUGAACUUACAGAGGCCCGCCGGGCUCUGCCUUCUGAGUGCCAGGAUUAAUUAAAGGCAUGAGCUGCUGUCCCUGGCCUCUCCGGUCUGUAAAGGUUUCUCCCAGCUUGGCCUCGCUCUGGCUGAUUGCAUCCAAGCGCUUACCCGUACAAACUGACAUCAGGCCCUCAGCUGGAGUUUGCUCAGUUUCUGGGGCAGGUGAUCCAGAACAGCUGUUCCCUCUCACAUUAACGCUGGUUAAAGACGGUAAACGUCCUCCGGGCUAGGAAGGCUGGGAGCAGGAGCACUGGGGUGGCGGUAAUGGAGAUCAGCGGCUGCGGGGCAACACUGGAUGGAGGAUUGUGUGCGCUGCAGCCAUCACGUAGUGUGAAGACACGAUUUGACCCCGAUAAAUAUGAGUCCUGCCGAGGCUUCAGUUAAGUGUGAAGGGGGUGAACUUUGACGCCGUGACCUCUGACCCCGUGUUGACGCGUGCAGCAUGGCCGCGCAGGGCCCAGGCGGGGCAGGGCUGGUGCGUUCGUCGGGGAUGUGGCCCCGGCCGUGAACUUCACCACGGGCCGCCAGUGGCAGUGUUUCCUUCGCACUCCGUGCCGGUUGGCUCUGGCUUUCGCUGGCUCAAUCAUGUGGCGUCUCACAGCAGUUACUAAACUUCUCAGUGACUUUUAACUUGAAGCGUUUUGUCACUCCUAGCUCUCGAGGACUAAACUGCAGUGUGUUACAGAGACGGCUUUGUCUCCUGUAAAUUUCAGCUUGACAGAAAGCGCAUAACUUGUAGCCCACUUUGUCUGAGCUUUUACACCAGAAUGUAAUUCAUAGAUUCUAACUAGUAUGGUGGUGUUUUCCACAGGCAUCCCUGAUUAAAGAACUCUCUGAAAAGCUUUAAAGUGGCCCUUCUGCUACACGUGUGGCCCAGGUGGCUCGUGAGCACGGGACCCUUGUGUCCCUCGCGUCUCAUCUGAUGCCGUCAGAAACAGCAUGAGUGCCGUGAGCCUUCAGGACUGCACCGGCGCCGACACAGCCUUUGCAUGGUGAAGUAAGAUCGGUGUCUUACUUCAUUUGUGGUUAGAGACACGUCCGUGCCUAUCAGCGUCCGUCCUGUGGUUCGCCGUGUAAUCACUUGUAAGGUGCAGAGGGCUGGCUUUGUGUGACUGCCACCGAAUGAACACUGGUUGGAAUGAGACAGUGCAGUGUAGGUCCGAUCCAAGGCGAGGCUACAGACUGUUGGCCGUAAGGCACUCAUACUUGGUUUAUGUUAAAUGUAUUUUUUUCCCAUGUACAAAUAAAUGCAUAUCAAAAACUUGAA